GUUUGCUCUCGGUCUAGCCGAUUGAUGCAAGUAGUUCGGGCCGUACCACGCCGACGGAUCGAGUCGUCUUCGAGCUAAAGUCGUUGUUGCUUCUGCGAACUGGCGUUGAUUUGGCCAAUUAACGCCUCCAAAAUCGCACACCAAGCGUGGGAAAGUGGUUCGCCGAAAUAAACGGAUGGAUAAUGGAUUAGUUCAACUUGGCGACAACUAUUCGGACGGCGCACUGAGCUGACAAUAAUAUUUUUCUUAACGCGUACGUGAUAAUCAUGAAGGGACACGUGUAUGACGUCACACUUUGAAGUGAUGCUGAUUGGGAAUAAAAUUGGAUUCUGCGAGAUCAAAUCCGUUCAGUUGACAAGCCUUUCAAACAGUGAGCAUACGGUGGGAGCUUUGCAAGAGCUGGCGAAUUUCAGGAACAUUUAAAUUGAAAAUUGAUUUGCAGCAGCCAGCAUGAGUCAAACGGCAGCUUCUACUUCCAUCACGAGCCAGCUGGCCACGGUGAAGAUAACGGAAAGUGACGGGAAAGACAGGCUGGUGCCGCCGACCGAGACGAAAGCCGAUGGUGCGAAAGUGAUUGACAACGGAGCAGCUGAGCAGCCGGAAUUCACCGACCCGUUCUGCAAUGCUGAUAAUCCGCAGAUAAUCACGUUCCAAGACGUAACAUCGGCCGCGUUCCGCAUCAAGAAGGGCAUCGAGUACACGCCCUGUCCGCGAUCACACCUCUCAGAAACGCUCGAUAUGGAUAUUUACCUCAAGAAGGAGUUCCUGCAGUUCACGGGAAGCUUUAAGGAACGAGGCGCUCGAUACGCACUGCUGAUGCUUCCGACGAGCAAAAGCAAAUUGGGAGUGAUUUCCGCUUCGCUGGGAAACCACGCUCAGGGCCUCAGCUAUCACGGAUGGAAGCUUGGAAUCCCCGUAACGGUCGUAAUGCCAUUGAAAGCAUCGCUGAUGAAAAUUCAAAAAUGUCGGGACUACCAUGCGAAUGUGAUCGUUCAGGGCUCCGACAUGGGACAGGCAAAAAAGAUUGCCCUCCAGAUGGCGCAUGAAACCGGUCUGACGUACAUCAACGGGUACGACCAUCCACACAUCAUGUCCGGCCAGGGCACCAUCGGGCUGGAGAUCGUGGAGCAAGUCAACAGCAUCGACGCCGUGGUGAUUCCGGUCGGUGGAGGUGGCCUCAUUGCCGGCAUUGCCACUGCCAUCAAGAAUUUAAGUCCCCAGACCAAAAUCAUUGGUGUGGAGUCGGAAAAGUGUCCGAGUUUCACAAAAGCACUGGAAAACGGAGCCCCAAUCUACACCCCGAACAAGGAAACGUUGGCCGAUGGGUUGGCGGUGCCACAAGUUGGGUACAAUGCAUUUGCCACGACCGUGCCCCUGCUGGACAAGAUGAUAGUGGUCAAAGAGGAGUGGAUUGCCCUGGCAAUUCUGCGCCUGGUCGAGCUGGAGAAGUGUGUCGUCGAGGGUGCCGGAGCUUCCGGAUUGGCCGCUAUCCUGGCCGGCCACAUGGACGAGUUCAAAGGCAAGAGAGUUGUGCUGUUGGUUUGCGGUGGAAACAUUGACACGACGAUUUUCGGUCGUUGCCUGGAACGUGGUCUGGCCGCGGAAGGGCGCCUCCAGAGAUUCACAGUCCGUGUCAGCGAUGGUCCCGGCGGAGUGUCAAAGUUGUGCAACCUGCUGGCCGGGCUUGGUGUUUCCAUCAAAGAUAUAAUGCACGAUCGAGCUUUCAUUCGGGACGUACACAGCGUUGAGGUCAAAGUUAUCUGCGAAACACGUGACUGGCACCACACGAAGGAAAUGAGGAACCUGCUGCAGGAAACGUAUGAAGAUGUGUACUUCUACGACAUGCCCAUGGCCAUUUGAGGACGGAUGUAUAAUUCUGGCUGUUCCGGUAGAACUCGAGAAAACUCAGCAUAGUAUAAUUGUUCUUUGACUUAAGAACCUGAUUGAGGAAGAGUUCGUUCUGUUGGAUUUACCCUCAUUGUUCAAAGAAAGACAUUUCUUCUUUUAAAUUUUAAUUCAUAAUUUCAUGGUCGACUUUAUUAGAUAUUGAUGAAAUAAAUGAUUGUUAAAAACAA